AUCUUCUGCAUUUCUACAGUCUUACCGUCAAAAAUGACAGGACGCGUUCAUUUUAAAAACAUCUUCCUCCCUACUGGUUAUGAAUUCCCCACACACCCCUCCAAGACGUGUAUUUUUCUUAUAAUAUAUUCUUUAUGUAUUUAGGGACUCCUAUUGUGUUGACAGAAUCCAUAAUUGUUUGCAUAAAGCUAAGUCAGAAGCAUCAACCGUGGAAUUUUUAACAUUCGGCCACGGAUUUUCUUACUUCCUCAAGUUAUAACGGAAUCGUCAUUGGUUUAUAAAGUGGUGUCUCUGAGAGGGGGUGCAAAGCACGAUGGGUCUCACUAGGAUCGAGGACGUAAUGCUUCAAAACAUUGUGAAGAGAAAACAACCCAAGACGCAAUACGAUUACGCCAUACAGGUUGCGUGGCGGGGGAGGUUAACAACCACGAUUUACAGAAGCUACGACUCGAUGCUUACCUUGCAGCGCAAGCUUUUAAAUCUCAAAGAAUUUCCAAGCAAAAAGAAGGAGCGACGUGAAAGUACAUUGUGGUCGCCGUUACCAGAAAUUUCAGUGUUUGAUAACUUAGCGCUUAACAAAUGCAAGCAAGCCAUAAAAAGAGCGGGCCCAGUGGAAGAGUUCCUCAAGUGUCUUGUUCAACUUCCUGCCGAGAUCUCAGAGUCCGAGGUCGUAAUCAAGUUUUUUCGACCUGUCCCUGACGACAUGGUAACCCCGGAUGACGACUGUUUGAUUGAUUUUAACGAGUCAAGAGGGUCACGAAAAAACUACGUGUUUCGCAUCUCUGAGCCAAUUCUGUUGGAGCAAUACGUGGUCAUCACUGACUACAAGAAAACACAACAAAAAGACUUGAACCUCAGGGCGGGGAACGUGGUGGACGUGAUUCAGAAGAACGAGCAUGGUUGGUGGUUCGUUGAUCUUGAUGGGGAGUUGGGCUGGGUGCCUGCGUCUUACCUCGAACCACGUGACGGCAGUGAUGAUGACUUUGUUACGGAGAUAUACGAAGAUGGUGAAGAGGAAUUGUGCAUCGUGAUGGCGUCGUAUGAGCCUGAAUUUGAGGACGAGCUUGCCUUGGAAUUUGGACAAGUGGUGAAAGUGAAGCAGAAGAACAUGGAUGGCUGGUGGGUAGUCAGCUGUGAUGAGGGAAUAGGAUGGGCCCCCGCCAUGAACCUACGGCAGGUUUGUACGUCUUCCUCUCACGCGCGGCGGAUGGGCAAGGAAGCAGCACAAAGAACUAUCCUUGGAGAUGUGGGCCGUAGAAGCAGUCUUCACAAUAUAGCAGGACCAAGAAGAACCUGGGAUCCCCGACAAAAGCUGAGCUCAAGAAAAGGAAGCACCAAAAAACCUUAUAUUAACCUUGAGUUUCACAAUAACAAAUCCUCCUCCGCAUCGAAUGCCGCCAAACGAAGGGAAAAAUCUCAGGGAAAAGGCACCGAGCAAGAAAAUGCAAGCCAUGAUCCCCCUGCGACAUCUUACAUCAACUUUGAGUUCCACAAUAAGAAUACAACAUCCUCUUCUGCAUUCAAUGCCGCAAAGAGAAAAGAAAAGGCGAUGCAAGUUAAAAAGAAAGAUCAAGGAAAAGAAAAGAAAGGCCCAGCUAAAUCUUACAUGAAUAUGGAAUUCCUUGAAAAGACUAGAAAGAAACAGCGCUUGCCAAAACGUGUGGGGAAGCGUACUGAAGAAGACGAUGACUUAGUGGUGGUAAAUUUCGGGGCGGUAAGCACCUCAAACAUGGAGACUCUUGAACUUGUCGAAGAAGAAGAAAAAGAAAAUGAUGAGACCGAAGAGAUUAACAACAACGACCAAGAGGAAGAUCCCGACAGCGAUAACGACGAUGGCAACAUAACCGAAAUUAAGAUCAUAAUCACCGAAGCCUCGGAAUUUGAUGACCCGGAGCAUGUGAUAUACUACGUUAUCGGCGAGUACAAUAAGGAUGAUGAUAGCGAGGUUAGCCUGAAAGAAGGUGAAACAGUUGAGGUACUUGAGCAGUCGGAGGACGGCUGGUGGCUUGUGAGGACACAGAACUUCUCGGUUGGUUGGGCACCUUCUAACUAUCUGGAUAAAGAUCCAACCGUGUCUUACUGUAUGAGGAAGCCCUCAAUCAAAGGAAAUCCUCCAACGAGACCUCCGAAGUCCAUGAUGGUUUACAAAAAAGCUAUGAUGGUCGCAGCCGAACAGAAGUUUUGGAAACUAAAGGAGAAAGCCGAUGAUGGAGCGUCUACUACACUCAAGCAAUUUGAUGAGGAAAAUUCUAGCGAUCAGAGAAGUGAGAAUGUCGAGGUGGAAGUGAAAAAGACGGAAGCACAAGAGGAUAGCAAAGCUAAUGGAGAUAAUGGUAAAAAGGGUGGGGAUGGUGUGAAUGGAGAUGGUGGCGAUAAGGAUGGUAAUGGAGGGAGUGGAUAUGAUAGUGUUAAUGGUGGUGAUGGUUUGAACGUUAACGCUGGGACCGAACAUGUAUACGAAUAUAUUGACGUCAGAGAGAUCCGUCUGCCAGUUCCCAUAGCAACCAAUCUACAGGAUACAGCAGAUCACCAUGGAAACGACAACGAGGUCACUACAGCGCUCUAGCCGCACUCAAACGAAGUAGACAUUCAUUAUGAAAUAACAUUUGAAGUAGAAAUCUGGUAAAGCGGCAAAACAUAUCAAUACACAUUAAGGUUCUAAACAAGGAACUAUUAUCAGGGCCCCCCUCAAUAUUUUCGAAAAUUAUAAGGAAAUGAACAGUAGGUUCGUGGCUGUAAGCCGCAAAACAUAUAUCAAAACAUAUUCAGGUUCUAAACAAGGAACUAUUAUUAUAAUUUUUGUGGAUUCUAGGCUUCUGUCUAGUAGAGUCUAGACAUUGACUAGACUUGUCUGGUUUCUAGACGAUUGCAAUUUUCUUUGUAAUGCACAAGGAAAUAGCUCUAAUGUGACUACAAAAGAAAGAAUAUCAUCUUCUAUGACGUUUCUAUACCGAUUAAGCGCUAACUUCUCAAACAGUAAACAUUUACUUUUCAACAGCGCCGCUGUCAACGGUGAAGACCAUCCAAGUAGUCACGCUUGGAUUUAUCAAAAUUACUUAUUAAUUUAAAGAUUUGCAUCAUUUUUUAGACCAGUUUCUAAUCGGUUUCUACCCGCGACUGGAAGUAGAAACUGAUUCCUAAUUAUAUAAAAAAACUUUCAAACCUUUCACGCGCCCUUAAUGCCACAUAGUAAAAAACACAUAGUAUAAUACAACUGAGUAAAAAUACCUCGGAAAUUGUCAUAUUAAUACCGAAUCCAUGAGAAUGUGUAUAAAUCAUACAGUCAGUUCAUCUUUAUGCGAUCAGAUCUCAUCUUUAUUUUAACAAAUAAUCAAUAGAAUAAGCAGCCAGUCUGAGAAACAGACAUUUUCCGUUGGCCAUUUGCAAUGGUAAAAAACUUUUUUUAAAAAAUAGGUGUACACUUAUUUUAAAAUAACGUCAUUUGAAACAGUAAUAUAAAUGCCGAUUUGCAACUACGACCGAAGGCUAUUAUGGGUCUCAUCCAUCUAUUCCAACCAAAUUCAGGAGAAUAUUGAUUAAUCAUACAAUAAUCUUUAAAAGGCCAUCGAUGUAUGGCUGGAUUUCCUUUAUGACCAUUAUGUUUGCGAAUAAUAGGGGACUUGAGCUAAGAGAUCACGUGAUUGUUUGGACGUCAAACUAGCGCGCGCUCACCCUUUUAGCGGCAAAAUACAGCAAAAAAGCAACUUUUUCAGCGCAAGUCCCCUAUUAGUACCCAUAAGCAUCUUUCGGUCGUAGAACUGCCAUUCGCCAUUCGUACUGACGUGUUUUUUUGAAAUAGGUGUAUACAUCGUUGUUGCUAUAUGCACCAUUCCACAAAAUAAAUGUUGUCCUUAUA